GCAUAUAUAUAAGACCCCAACUAGACUGAUAUUGUUGAUAAGCGUAAGUCCUAACUCUAUAAGUGGUGCUCAGUACUUCGCUUUCACCACCGAGAAUCACUGCGAAACGUUGCCGUUUUCACAGCUUCUCCGGUGACAUUGCCUAUUAUUACAACAUUUUGGGAUCUCAAAAUUUGAAAAAACUAAGAAAGAAAGGUUAAAAGUCUUUUGGUGGAUCCGAAUCAAAAGGCUCAAAGACUUUUUUUCUCCCUUCAUAUAACCUUUGGUUAACAACUUUUGAGUUAAAGAAAAAAUGGGAGUGAAAGUUGCUACAACUUGCUUGCAAUGGGCUCAAUCUUUUGUUCCUCAUACACCAUCUUCUUCUUCUCAAAGUUUUGCUUCUGCAAUAUCUUCCCCUACUUCCAAACGUCGUAGUAUAAGCAGCAAAGGGUCUCGUGUUUGCCAAUAUGUCCAUAGGUUUGAACAAUCGGCACUUUUUGGUACGCAAUUGUUGAACCUAUACAGAUCUAAAUCUUGUGAGCAAGUUAAGCCAAGGACUAGAACAAUUAGAAGGGCUUCUAGUGCCGGUGAUAGCCUAGAUUCGUUUUCGGAUGAAGAGUUUGCUAAGGAGAUUCAAGAAUUGGCCAUGAAAUUUCAGUUAUCAGACGACGAAAAUUCGAGUGAUAUUAGUUCUGAGGAUGAAGUUAUUGCUGAAAGUGUUGGCAGUGAUAGUAAUGAUAUCAAGUUUAUGGGGUGUCAAAAUCCGUUUCAUAUUCUAGAACAACCGGAUUGGCCUGACAUAAUUCCUGCGAAUAUCGAGUGGAAGGCGAAUAGUAUGGACCUCCCUUUUUCUCUUAGGAUUAUUAAGAGGAAAAAACAAUGGCAAGAUGGGGUUAGGGAAGCAGGAGAGUCCGCGUAUUGCUCGGUGAAGAAAGCGUUUUCGAAUAUGGUGUUCAUAAUUCGAGAGCUGCAAAGCUACACUUUGCAAAUGAGGGAAAUGUUAUUUUAUGAAGAUCUACAAGGGAUUUUGGAGAGAGUACACAAGGAGAUGCAUGCAUCUUUUGUGUGGUUAUUCCAGCAAGUAUUUUCACAUACACCAACUUUAAUGGUAUAUGUGAUGAUACUGUUGGCUAAUUAUAGUGUUCAUUCUAUGGCGAGCAGUGCUGCUAUUGCUGCUACACCUCCACCACUUACGGAAGCUGUAUCUACUUUAGACGAGGGUCAUGUCAAUCAAAAAUUUGAUUCGUCUGUGAUUAAGACAUUUUCGGUGUCAUCUUCAAGUGGAAAAAGUACUUCUAUUGGCGGUGGCAUUGGAGGUGGUGGUAACUACAAGCCAAUUGCUAGUGGAAAUGAUGGUGACGGGAGGUUUGACGGGCAUGCGUUGUCCAAUGAGAUUUCAUCACUUGGGAGCGGUGGGGUCAGCGAGGAAGAGUGUGUAUCUGGACAAGAAAUCAGCGAAGAGGAGUUGCAGAUUUGGAAUUCACUUGUCGAUGAGGCUUCUAAGAUGCAGGCGUCAACGAGAGAUGAAGCGUUGGAUCAUGAAACCAUGCAACGAUUUGUGUCACCAGUACAUGCAAGUAUUGAUGCCGAUGAUUACGAUGAGUAUUACAGAACACAGUUUACGUAUCAAUUGGGGAUACACCGAGAACCACAAAAUACUCUUUUGCUAGCCAAUUAUGCUCAGUUUCUUUUCUUGGUCGCCCAAGAUUAUGACAGAGCAGAAGAGUACUUCAAAAAAGCAGCAGAGGUGGAGCCUAAGGAUGCAGAUGCAUUGGGCAAGUAUGCAAUUUUUCUCUGGAAAGUAAGGAAGGACCUUUGGGCUGCAGAAGAGACCUUUAAUCAAGCCUUAGCUGCAGAACCAGGCAACACAUUUUAUGCAUCUAAUUAUGCUAAUUUUCUAUGGAAUACUGGUGGUGAAGAUACUUGUUUCCCACUCGACUCCUCAGAUACCGAUCUUUAAUCCCCAAAACCCCAAUAGAAAAGAAAGAUGAUUGAUCUAAGACGAAGAUGUAGGGCCAAAACAAGAAAACAUAAGAGAAGAAAAAUCUUAUUUGUCAAAGAUACAAAUCAAGAAAAUAAAAUAAUGGGUUGACAACAAGGGGGUGUCCAAGAUAAUUUUGGUUUGCUACAUUUGAACUGCUCUCUUGGAAUUUCCCUUUGUUUGGUAAUUGCUGGACAGUGUUAUUGUGGAGACAAGGAAGAACAAGGAGGGUCACUUUGAGUUGUUAAUUAGCAACCAUAUCCCGUUGGCCUUAUUUUCCUACUACUUUCUAGUAGUAAUAUGAUAAAAGCUCCUCAUCAAAUGUGUAAAUUCAGCAAAGUCUUGGCUUUAGAUCAGAGAAAACUCAAGAGGGUUCUGCUUGUGAUUUUUUCUGUUUUCUUUAACAGUUUUCCUUUUUCUUUUAUUUUUCAUAGUUGACAUUGCCAAAUUGUAAUUAAACUUUUGUUAAUAGAUUAAUUGCAAUAUAUAUUUUUCUUGUAA